GGCCACGGCCGGGGCGCGAGAGGCUGGGCUGGGCCUCUCCAGUGGGGCGGUGAAGCCAGAGGCCCGAGGCUAGGGCCGGGCAGGCGCGGAGGCCGCGGCCCACCAGAGAAAGUCGGCGUCCGGCCUUGGAAGGCCUUUGUGAGGCGGCGGCAGCUCCCAGUCUGGUCCGGGGGACUGUCAGCAGACUUCCAGGCUCCUUCUGUACCCAGUCCUUUCCCAAAGAGGAAGUUGAUAAAAGUGUUUCUUCAUCUUAGCUGGUGAAGCAUGGGGGAAAUAGAAGGGACAUACAGAGCCCUGCAGGCUGCAGGGACACGCUUGAGCACCCAGACCCCCGUGGGAGUCAGCACCCUAGAGCCUGGGCAGGCUCUCCCACCUCGAGUGCAGGAGAAGCACGUGCACACCAGAGUGAAGCUGCUGGACAACACUGUGGAAAUAUUUGACAUUGAGCCCAAAUGGGAUGGACAGGUACUACUGACACAAGUUUGGAAGCGUUUGAACCUGUUAGAGUGUGACUACUUCGGGCUGGAGUUUCAGAACAUCCGAUGCUGCUGGAUUUGGCUUGAACCCAUGAAACCCAUCAUUAGGCAAAUACGAAGGCCAAAGAAUGCAGUGCUCCGUCUGGCAGUAAAAUUCUUCCCACCUGAUCCUGGUCAGCUGCAGGAAGAGUACACGAGGUAUUUGUUUGCCUUGCAACUUAAGAGAGACCUGCUGGAGCAGCGUUUAACCUGUGCCGAAACCACAGCAGCCCUGCUAACAUCCCAUCUUCUGCAGUCUGAAAUAGGAGAUUAUGAUGAAACGCUGGAUCGAGAGCACCUCAAAGCCAAUGAGUAUUUGCCCAGCCAGGAGCGCUCUGUGGAGAAGAUACUAGAAUUCCACCGGAAGCAUGUGGGCCAGACACCUGCUGAGUCAGAUUUCCAGGUGCUUGAAAUUGCUCGCAAGUUAGAAAUGUAUGGCAUCAGAUUCCACACAGCUUCUGACAGAGAAGGCUCCAAGAUCAACCUGGCGGUUUCCCACAUGGGUGUUCUCGUGUUCCAGGGGACCACCAAAAUCAACACCUUCAACUGGUCUAAGGUUCGUAAACUAAGCUUCAAGAGGAAACGGUUUCUUAUCAAACUCCAUCCAGAGGUUCAUGGACCUUACCAGGACACAUUAGAAUUUUUAUUGAGUAGUAGAGAUGAAUGUAAGAACUUCUGGAAGAUUUGUGUGGAAUAUCACACUUUUUUUAGACUUUUUGAUCAACCUAAGCCUAAAGCAAAAGCUGUCUUCUUCAGCCGGGGCUCUUCCUUCAGAUACAGUGGAAGAACUCAGAGACAACUAGUAGAUUAUUUCAAAGAUGGUGGAACAAGAAGAAUUCCUUAUGAAAGAAGGCACAGCAAGGCUCCGAUGUCUGUCCGUGCACUGACUGCAGAUGUGCCGAAACAGAACAUCUCGUUUAUGGAAGGAUUGAGGACUUCUGCCUCCCCAUCUUCAGCAAAUGCCUCCUUUUACUCACUCCCUGCCUCUCCCUUGACUCCUGCCAGCCUGCCCAGUGUCGAGGACACCAGCAGCUCCUGCGCAGACCUCCAGGGUCCCCACACCAGGAGUCCAACUGCAGGGAUGAGCAGUGGAGCCCUGGCCAGAGGCCCCGAUGUGCACUCAGCCCCAGCCCCCAGAUCCCCCACGCUGCAGCCUGGUUCAGGCCUUGCCGGGGAUAAUCCUCAGCCUUCUCCCUCCAGCCAGAAGAGCCCCCUGAGCCUGAGCCCUGUGUUCCAAGUGACUCUGGGCCCAGCGGAGCAGGGCGCACACCCACUCCUGACCCAUGUCCUCAGCGACGCUGGCGAAGCCAGAGUGGAUGACGACGAGGAGCCAAAACCCAAGCGCAUGUCUGGGGACGAGGCCUAUUUCAUAGCAAAGGAGAUUCUUGCUACAGAACGAACAUAUGUGAAAGAUUUAGAAGUUAUUACUGUGUGGUUCCGCAGUGCAGUGGUGAAGGAGGACGCCAUGCCUGCAGCACUGAUGACUCUGCUCUUCUCCAACGUGGACCCCAUCUACGAGUUCCACAGAGGCUUCCUGCAUGAGGUGGAGCAGAGGCUGGCGCUCUGGGAAGGGCCCUCAGAUGUCCACACCAAAGGUGGUCAUCAGCGAAUCGGGGACAUCCUGCUCAGGAGCAUGCGACAGUUAAAGGAGUUUACCAGCUAUUUCCAAAGACACGAUGAGGUUCUGACAGAACUGGAAAAGGCCACCAAACGCUUUCGGAGGCUGGAGGCCGUGUACAAGGAGUUUGAGCUCCAGAAGGUGUGCUACCUGCCACUGAACGCAUUCCUGCUGAAGCCCACCCAGCGCCUGGUGUACUACCGCCUGCUGCUGAGCCGGCUGUGUGGGCACUACUCACCUGGGCACCCUGACUACACCGACUGCCAUGAUGCCCUCCAGGCCAUCACAGAGGUGACCUGCACACUCCAGCACAGCCUUGCCCGGCUAGAGAACCUCCAGAAGCUGAUGGAGCUGCAGCGGGACCUUGUGGGCAUAGAGAAUCUCAUUGCUCCCAGCAGGGAGUUCAUCCGUGAGGGCUGCCUGCACAAGCUAACCAGGAAGGGCCUACAGCAGAGGAUGUUCUUUCUGUUCUCAGAUAUGCUGCUGUACACGAGCAGAAGUGUCUCGGGGACCAGCCGCUUCCAUAUCCGGGGCCUCCUUCCACUCCGAGGCAUGCUGCUAAUAGUACUGGACCCCCCGGUGGAGGAAAGUGAGAGUGAGUGGUCAGCUCCACACUGCUUCACUAUCUAUGCAGCUCAGAAGACAAUCGUGGUGGCAGCCAGCACUCGUCUGGAAAAGGAGAAGUGGAUGAUUGACUUGAACGCCGCAAUCCAAGCAGCCAAGGGCAGUGGCGACGUGUCCCCUGCACUGCCAGGCAGGGCCGCAUGUGUCCCCACCCACAGGCCCUCUGACCCAGCAUCCCUGGAGGAGUCAGAAGAAGGUGCCCAGAGCACUCACAGCUCACUUGAGAGGCAGGGCCAGCACCGGGCCAACACCACUAUGCACGUGUGCUGGUACCGGAACACCAGCGUGUCCAGAGCAGACCACAGUGCGGCUGUUGAGAACCAGCUUUCAGGGUAUCUGCUGAGAAAGUUCAAGAACAGCAGUGGCUGGCAGAAGCUGUGGGUAGUCUUCACCAACUUCUGUUUGUUCUUCUACAAAACUCACCAGGAUGACUGCCCCCUGGCCAGCCUCCCGCUGCUGGGCUAUAGUGUGAGCUUCCCAAGGGAGGCCGAUGGUAUCCACAAAGACUACGUCUUCAAACUCCAGUUCAAAUCCCACAUCUACUUCUUCCGGGCUGAGAGCAAGUACACAUUUGAGAGGUGGGUGGAGGUGAUUGAGAGGGCCAGCAGUUCGCCAGGAAGGCCCCAGAGCCUGGAGCAGGAGUGCUCACGUCCCUCCUCGGGGCCAGGAGGAAUAAAGCUCAUCCUGCCCAGAGAGGACACACCACAGAACAGUGGGAUGUGAAGCAGCCAUAUCCUCCUCAAACCAAGCUGAAAAACUGUAGGAGACAGCUGUGUUCCCCGCCCCGUCAUCAGGUCUGCUGGGCACUGACAGUGCAGGCGGGCCUCACAGUGACAUCUGGGGCUAUAGCCCUCUGGGGCACUGAGGAGGGGAAGUAGGUCUCAAGCUUGGUGUUACAGGCCCCUGGCCUAGGACAAAACUGGGGCAGGCGACACCCGCCCGCCCUGCAGUGCUUGCCACUCCUGCCCUCCCCGUCUAUAGUCCCAGACCUACAAUGGAACCCAUUGGCCUAUAGGUUGCCACUCAGUGAGUCUGGAGAAGCAGAAGCCUGCGUCCCUGUGUGGCCCCUGGAAGUGUGGGGGCCUCGUAUUUAUUAGCAUCCCCAUGUUCCCUCCAGUGGGGAGCUAACAUGUGACCCUUUGUUCCCACCUAAUUAUAAAUAAACAGCA